AAAAAUUUUCUCGUCAUACAAGGUCACUUCUGGUUUCUUGGCACUAAUCCUUUUUGUCAGCGUCUUUGUUAAUCUCGACUUAUAAUCCCAAAUAAAACAUCGUUUAUGGAAUUUUUACAUUAAAAUUUUGUAAGACGACAGAUUCACAAGAUCCAAACGAACCAGAAAAACGGAAUAAAAGCGAACACGGGAAAAAUGGACAUCGCUCGAGAUAAUAUAAAGAAAUAGAAAGAAAAUGGUCUGAACAGUUGCGUUUUUUGCUUGCUGUGAGAAAGUAGUGAAGCAUUUACUUUUUUAGUCGCCUUGGGUUUUAAAUGUCUUUGAAUUCCGGCCGAUUUGCUUAGUUUUCACGAGGACGUUCGCAGUAUUGUUCUUGUAGCCUGUGUGAUGAUUUAAGUUAUAAUGUCACGAAUUUGUUCUAUCCCGACAUAAGCGUAUAAAGGCGGAAAUAAACUAGAACGUUGAGCAACUCCCAUAAGAGGCUUGUGUUUGUGAGAUUUCCCAUCCCAAUUGAAGUUCAACACUUCUAAACCCUUUUAAACAUGAAUAAUCAAUAUAAUUAUCAAGCCGAUGAUCGAAUUCGUCAGCAACAGGCUAAAGUUCAGGAGGUUGUUGGUAUAAUGAAAGACAAUGUGAAUCUCGUAUUGGAAAGGGAAACUCGUUUAGCAGAAAUUGACACUCGAGCUGAUGAAUUACAAGUUCAAUCCAAACAGUUUCAGGCAGUUGCUGGUCGUGUACGAAGAAAAUACUUUUGGCAAAAUAUGAAGAUGUGGUUUAUCAUUGGAGGAUUAGCUGUUAUAAUUCUUGUGGUUAUUAUUGUUUGGUCCGUAUCUAACAAGCAUAGUUGA